GCAUCCUUUAAAAAUCCAGCUUUGUUGCUGUUGAGUCAGUCCGCCCUGACAUUCCAAGUGAGAACCAGAAUCGUGACUCACCAUGAACACCUACCUGGUGGCUACAGUCUGCCUGAGUGUGCUGGCCAUCCUCUCAGAUGGGGUCGAAGUCAAGGUGGGAGACUACGUAUUCCCCUUGGAAUCAGUGAAGCAGCUGGAGGGCUUCUUCAAGGAUAGAUCCAAGAACCUACGCAUGCGCAUGAGCGCCACAUUUGGCGCGUGCCAAGACCCGAAAAUGCCCGCGGAGUUUGCACCACUCUGUGCAUCCCCCAGAGCAGGAAUAAUGCUCCGACAACUAGAAAUGAUCAGCGCAGAUUCGGCGACCUGUGAGAUUUGUGCCAACGUUGCCUGCUCUGGAUGCUAAUGAAGAAGACCACCACCAUAUCUGCUGACUUUCUAAGUGGAUCCUGACAACUGGCCCUUGCUGCUACUGCUGCCUUUUCCUCAUCCAAACCAACAGAGGACACCUCUGCCCACUUGCACAGAUUGGCUGGGCCAUUGUGUCCCUGCUGCUGCUACCCAGCCUUGGCUUCCUGGACCCCAUCCCUAAAACCUCUAGGAGCACAAUUCAGAAUCCAUGUCGGAGGGGAGAGUGCAAGGGACAGGAAGCUGGGCUGGGGAAGGAAGGAGAAUGGUCGAAAGGAAGGUGAUUGUUCACUGCAAAACAUAAUAAUAAUGACAUCAGUUCCAUGUCAUUUUUCUUCUGCUUUUUUUAAAAUUGAAAAUCAGCUGUGAGAGUACAAAUCGGGCACUUUAAGCUUUAAAUGCAAACUGAACUGAGCUGAAUCUCUCCCCUAUCACAACCCAGCAGCCAGUUUCUGGCCAUCAGCUUUGGGGUGCAUGGUAGUGGAGUAUAGUGGCAGCAGAGAGGAUCCAGAAAUCCCAAUUUCUUUCCAGCAUUUUCCUUCCAUGCCCAGCAAACCUUUCCUGUUCCCGUGGUCUCCCUCUUCCUCUCCUCAGAGGCAGUUGAUUUGGAUGACGCCCCUGCUUCUUGAUAGCCACACAUUUUAAAAUUAAAUCAAUAUGCAGACUAAAACACGGUGUAGCCCACAUAACACUUCUAUUUGAGUUUAAAUACCCUUUUGUUCUCUGUUGGUGAUUUGGUCAUUUGGUUUUGAUGGCGAUCUCUUAAGCAAAACUGGCUUCUGACUUGCAAAACUGGCUUCCUCGUGGAUAUCCCUGUUUGGCGUCUCCAAAAUAAACAUUUCCA